UUACGGAGCGCCCAUUGCGAAAAAAAGAAGACAAUUAAUCAUGGUGCCCUCCUGUGUGCUGAGAGGCAACGUGAUACUUCGUUAAAGUGUUAAACUUUCCGUUUUCUGGAAUAACGAAAAUUACUGUCGAAUAAUUAUCACGUAAUGUAAAACUGCCGUCACAGUGGGGACCAUUUCAUUCAAAGAGGCAGCAUCAGCAUAGAGAAAUGGCCACAUUUAAACCUACCACUAUCCAAGUCUAUCCUAAACUGGGAGAAAAAGUCACACAAGAUAUGCUUUACUGGAAAAACUACAAGCCACCGGUCCAGAGGAAAGAAUUUGGAGCAGUAACAAACAUAGAUUUCUCCCCUGUGGCUCCAUAUAACUAUGCUGUGACAGCAUUUACAAGAAUCCACAUUUAUGGGACCUUCUCUCAAGAGCCAGUGAAGGCAUUUACCCGGUUUAAGGAUACGGCGUACUGCGGACGGUUCCGUGCAGAUGGCCAGCUGCUUGUGGCAGGAUGUCAGGACUCUGUUGUACGGCUGUUUGAUGUCAGUGGGAGAGUGGCACUCAGAAUAUUCAAAGGACACACAAAAGCUGUGCAUGUAACAGACUUUGCAUCAGACCGUUACCAGAUUAUGACAGGGUCAGAUGACUACACCUGUCGACUUUGGGACAUUCCAAAUGCCACUGAACUGACCUCCUACCAAGAACACACGGAUUACGUACGCUGUGGUGUCACAAGCAAACUCAACAGGGAUCUUUUCAUUACUGGAUCAUAUGACCACACAUUUAAACUUUUUGAUGCUAGAGUGGAUAAGAGUGUGAUGACCAUGGACCACAGCCAUCCAGUGGAAAGUCUGCUCCUCUAUCCCUCAGAGGGACUCCUUGUUUCUGCGGGGGGACGCUAUGUGAAAGUCUGGGAUUUGCUGAAAGGAGGUCAACCACUUGUAUCAAUGAAGAACCAUCAUAAAACUGUGACCUGUUUGUGUCUCAGUAGCAAUGGACAGAGGCUGCUGUCUGCUUCUUUAGACAGACACGUGAAGGUCUAUAACACUACCAGCUAUAAAGUGGUCCACAACUUUGACUAUGCAGCCUCCAUCCUUAGCCUGGCUUUAGCUCCUGAUGACGAAUCCAUCGUCGUUGGUAUGACAAAUGGUGUUCUGAGUGUUAAACACAGGAAAAGUGCUGAAGAGUCUAAGGAAAUCACUGGCCAACAGAGGCGGCGGCCAGCAUACCGUGUUUUUGUGAAGGGGAAGAACUAUGUCCCAAAACAGGAUGAUUAUCUUGUCAGUAAACCAGUGAGACAACAUUUGGCUAAAUAUGAUAAGCAGCUCAAGAAAUUUGAAGUGUCCAAGGCUUUGGAUACAGCAUUGGAGGCAUCAGGUAGAUCGAGAAACCCGGGGAUCGCAGUCGCUGUUAUAAAGGAGCUGGAUCGAAGAGGAACACUGAAAAAUGCUCUUGCAGGAAGGGAUGAAGAGGGCCUGGCCCUGUUACUCAACUUCCUGAUAAGGAAUUUGGUAGACCCCAGGUUUGCUCCUGUUCUUGUUGGCACAGCUGAGAUGAUCUUGGACAUCUAUCGGUCAGUCAUCGGCCAGUCACCGGUCAUAGACGGCCAGGUGUUGCGUCUGCAGGAUCUGGUGGGGAGAGAGUUGGGGUACCAACAAAACCUCUUGGAGGUGUUGGGCAUGCUGGACACAAUGUUUGCCUUUUCCCUCCCUAAGAAGCCAGUGCCAAGUUCAGGCACUGGUGGACCUAAUGGCCUGGCUCAGGGAGAACCAACUGCUUUAGUACCACAGCUUCAAGCCACCUGAGCCGUUUUCCAAAAACUGAGUUUCGUAUAAAAUCUUGAAUGGAAAUCAGAUCAGUGAAGAAUAUAACAUGAAACUUAACCUGAUGUGGUCAUCUCCAUGGUCUUUAACCCAAAAUAAAUAUUUUUGUAAAACAUUUAUGAAACAAACUUAUUUCAGUAUGAUGUUUUAUCUACAUGUGACUGAAGAUACAACAAAGUGUUUAUAGACAAGAACCUUUGAGUGUGUACAUGCGGCAAUGCAUUGUUCUUGUUUGUAAUCAUGUUCUGUAAAUCUGAUUGACUUCUAUCAAUACCUUCUUAGCUUCAAUGAUAUUUACAUUGUUAAAUGCUUAUUUUGUAAAUGUAAUAAAUCUGACAAGCAGGCUGUCACCCUGCUGAGUGUGUGAGUGUGA